UCUGUGCAGAGAGUUUGAAAAGGAAACCGUUUUUGAGGAAAAAUAUGGAAAACGAGAAAAUCCUCUCAACAGUACGGCGCGUUGGAAAAAACGCGAGUGGACGGAGCGACGGAGAAAUCAACAGAAGAUGUUGUCUCGAUGGCCGACUCCACAGUAACCGUCGAGGACAUUGAAGGAGAGCUGUUCAAAAUUGAGCGGAUCCGAGACAUCCUCAUACGGAGAGAAUCAGAGCUCAGAUACAUGAUGGAUGACAUCCAGCUCUGCACAGAAAUAACAAGGCUGAAGAAGGAGCUGCAAAAACUUGUCUCAAUUCCAGACAAAGACAAGUCCAAAGAGGACAGGGAGAGGGAGGAGGAGCUGCUGCUGCAGAUCAACAAGCUGGUGGAGACCAGAGACUUCCUCGUGGACGACGUGGAGUUUGAAAGGCUGAGGGAGAGAGAGGAAGACAGAGAAAUGGCAGCCUUCUUACAGUCCAAAUUUCCCAAGGCACUGGCUGCAAAAGGUGCUUUGCGAAAUCAAGCGGUGGCGUCCAAAUCGCAGCAGACGUCAGCUCCAUUUCUCACGAAAACUGGACUCACGCUCCUGAAAGACUGCUGUGGCUUCACCUGCUCCAUCAUGUAACACUCUGUCCAGAGGAAAACAGAAGACUCUGCCUGCCACACCAGAGACAUGUGCACAUGUGAGCCUCCUCAGGGCUUUCACGUGUGUGUUGUAUGUCUGCCCUAUUAAGAAAGAUUAUGUGCAUUAACCCUCAUAUAUGCUCAUAUGCAUAUGAUGUAAGGGACAUGUAUUAUACUAUUUUAUGUGAUUUGCUACUGUGAAAUACUGUGUUUACAUGUUUUGCAGUGGACAGGAUGGCCAGCUUAUGGAUAUAGUCAUGUUUUUUUUCCAAUUAAGUUAAUUAUGUAUUAUUACAGCUGCUCUGACAAAAUACAAUUGUCCAUUAGGGAUGUAGUUGAAAUGUAGACGUCCCUCAGGGAGCAAACUACACUUGCUAACCUCCCUCUGCCACUCGCCGUAGUAGCUGAGUGUUAUAAUGACAAUGUUAGGCCCGUAACUAGUGAUUAUUUUCAUUGCUGAUUAAUCUGUUCCUUUGUUUUUUAUUUAGCGUUUCUUUUUCACUGAUUUAUUCAUUGUAUGGUCUGUAAAAUGUGCCCAAAAGCUCAUGAGUCCAAAGUGACAUCUUCCAAAAAUCCAAAUAAUUCAGUUUACAGUUUAAACCAGGAAACAGCAACAAAUCGUAACAUUUGAGAAGCUUGAGAAUGAUUGGUGGUUUUGCUUCAUUAAUGACUUUAACAGCUAAUAGUUACGAAUGUUGUUGUCUAAUUUAAAUCAGUUAAUUUAUUAAUUUACCGCCAGUAAUCAUUUUAACACUACACAUCAUUACUUUUACAUGUGGGAUGUUCAUAGAGUUGGAGUCAGUGUUGGGAUAUAGUUCAGUUAAGAGGAGCCUUAAAAUGGAGAAGAGAUGGAUCAUAUUGAGGAAACUUAAGAUGAUGUCUGUUGGUCAUUAGACACAGACAGAGUGUGAGCAGAGUUAUGUAGACGUCUCUUCUACUGCAAACAUCAGUUACUCAAAGUCCACAACUUAAACCAAAGUCUUUGUCUGAGUUGGAUGUAGUUAGUCAUUAAGUAAUAUGCCUUAUAGUGUGUAAUGUGUUUUGUAAAAGGUAUUUUUCACAUGUAUCAUUAAAAACAAAUAACUCGCUCCAUUAUGUUUCCAUGAUGCAGUAUUUUGUGUGUAAACUUGUCAUCUUUGCCAUGCUAUUAUAAUAAAGACUUUA